AAAUUGUUGUUCUAUUCCAUGGGGAAGUCAGUUUGUGCCCAUAUUCCAAACCAUGAAGACCAUCUUUGCUAUCUUCUGCCUCGUGUGCUCUGUCGUGGCUCAGAGUGGAGACUCUGAAAGUUUCUACACUGUAGAUCCUUUCAAUACUCCCGAACUGAACCAAGACUUUGCGGAUUUUGUCAAUCUCCUCCCAGUUGAUACGGUUUUGGACAUUGUUGACGAUCACUACGAGAACAACGCUGGCAUCAAUAAGACUCUAAACUACCUCAAGACGAAUAAGUUCGCCAAGCAUUGGGAUAAUCUUUUUUCCCUUCGUGAAGUUCAUAAUUUUGUGGUUUAUCUCAAUGAGAGUGGUCUUAACAUUUUUGGUGUUCUUAAUGAAUUUGCUGAGUACUUUGAAUUGACCCCCGUUGGCUUCGUUUUCGUAGAAGAUGCUCCUGAGGAAAAGAUUGAGUACACGUGGGGAUUCAAUGCUCUUGUCAACGAUGUAAUUGAUGUUCUCCCAAAGGAUGACCUUAAGGCUCUAUUCGAUCAGAAGGUUGCCAAUGGUGAGGAUUUUGCCAACUUUGUAGAAUGCUUCUCAACAAGCGAAUUCAAGGAAGUUCUCAAAAAACUCGAGCUAUCUCCAGUUGCCCAGAAGCUCUUCAAGCGCUUCCGUAAGCAUGGUUUGGACGUGCACAAGCUCGUACAGCUUGCAUUGGCUGUUUUUGGUCUCAACUAAUUAAGUAAACACAAGAAAAAUUUAAAAAUUUCCUUGUUUAUUUAAAAAACACCGUGGUUCACGGAUAAGAGAGACAGAAUAAAGUGUUGAAUAGCAUACAAAA